AUGGUGCACCCCGAUGUUUUCCCCAAACAAGUUGUGUCUCCGAAUUUCAAAGAUGUUGUUGUGAAGUCGAUAAAUGUUAGCAACCAAUUUAAAAAUGAGCAAGAGUUUGAAUCAUGUGAUCACAUGCUUCAAUGGAGUCUUUUGGAGGCCUCCAAACAGGGAUUUGGUGUGGUUAUCAGAAGUUCUGAUAAUGGUUCGGAUAGAAGAUGUACUUUUAUGACAAUGGCGUGCGAAAGAAGCGGGAAAUAUAGACCUCCUCUCCAUAAUUUUAAACGAGACGACACCGGUUCAAGAAAAUGUGAGUGUCUCUUUAAGUUAGUCGGUCAUCCAAUUGUGUAUCGCCUCAUGCCAGAAGAGAAGGAAUGUGUUGUUAACAUGACUUUGAAUUUGGUGCAACUAAAAAAUAUACUUGCAACUUUGAAACGUAAAAGACCCGAAAAUAUCUCAAAUAUCAAGCAAGUUUAUGUGUCUAGGUAUCGAACAUGCGAUGAUGGAGUUACCGUUAGAGAUAUAUUUUGGACUCGUCCUAAUUCUAUAAAGUUGUUCAACACGUUUCCUAUUGUGUUCAUACUUGAUUCAACGUACAAGACCAACAUGAAAAUGUGCGAAAAGUAUCAUGAUUUGUUGAAAUAUGUGGAAAGCAUAAUUCUUGACCAGGUGAAUGAGAAAAUUGUUUGUGCUUGGACUGAUAAGGUUAUACACCUUGGAAAUACAACAACUAACCGAGUUGAGUCUGCUCAUGCUACAUUGAAGAAUUUGUUGGGAAAUAGUAAGGGCGAUUUGUGUAGAGAUUGGGACUUCGUGAACCAAAUGAUUCAAAACCAACAUAAUCAUAUACAAACAUCAUUUGGUCGGAGCAUCACAGUUUUGGAACACAUAUUUAAAGACAACAAUCUUUAUUCUCAGUUGGUCGACAACAUAUCUCGAGCGGGUUUUAAUUAUAUUUUUCACGAGGCUAAACGAGCUAAUAAUGUAGACUUCGAUAGCGCAAAAUGUGGAUGCACAAUUGUGAAAACAUAUGGUCUUCCAUGUGCUUGUGUUAUUGCAAAAAAGGUGAAACUUGGUGGUCCAAUAAGAAUGGAUGAGAUUUUCACUCAUUGGAGGAGACUUAGGUUUGAUGAUGAUGGUGUCAUGAAAGACGUUAAAUCGAAUAUCUCUAUUUUGACCAAAUGGGAAUUGAUACAAGAGAGAUUUUUGAAAGUCGAUAACAACAUGAAACUCUAA